AUGACUAGUGAAAUUCACUCUUUCUUUGAUAAUAAGGAUUAAUUGAAGGAUAAGAUUUGGAUGAAGUUUUGCAAAAUUUAGUAUAAAGUAAUCAGUUUAAAAAAUGAAUUAGAAUGAUAGCAUAGAAUACCAGACUGAUUGCAAUAGAUUGAGCAAAUCUCAUAAGGAAUUAAAACCAUUAAGCAUUUAAAUUGGUUAGGAAACUUUAUAUGCCUUCAAAAAUGAAUAACCUUAAGGAAUGCUUUAGCUGACUGUUACAGUCAUGGUGUUUAAACGAUACAACGACUAGGAAUACAUUAGAUUGCAGAGAAAUGGCCAGUAUGUGGAUAUUGUCCUUGAAAACUGUGAGUAACUGAAGAAAGUCUUAAUUAACAAGUGUAUUUUGACGACUUUCCAUACUGAUUUUUAAGUCCUCAAAAUGAUAGGAAAGGGAAGUUUUGCCAAUGUAUAUCUGGCCAACAGGCAAUCAAAUGGAGUUCAGUACGCAGUGAAAGCUUUUAGCAAACUCUAUAUACAUGGUCAGUUUAGAGGAAGAGAAGGUUUAGAAAAUGAGAUAAGAGUGAUGAGGAGAUUGAAUUAGGAGAAUAUUCUGCAUCUAUAUGAAGUGCAUGAAACAUAAAACUCUGUAUAUUUUGUAUUGGAUUUAUUGGAAGGAGGGGAAUUAAUGAGAAGAGCUCAAUCAAAAAUUUACACCGCUUAGAAAAUCUAAAAAUUGAUGUACAACUUAUUAAAAGCACUAUUUCAUAUGCAUUCUAAGAAGUGUAUGCACAGAGAUUUGAAACCAGAAAACUUGUUAUUGAAGAAUAAAGAUAAUGAUACAGAUAUUGUUAUAGCUGAUUUUGGACUUGCUCAUAUAAUGGAUCAAUAGCCACUUUAUAAAAGAUGCGGGACUCCAGGAUUUGUAGCUCCUGAAAUUUUGAAGUAUAACGAUUAUGGUCCCUUUUAUAAUGAAAAAUGCGAUGUGUUUAGUGCAGGGGUAAUAUUCUAUUUGAUGAUUACUGGUAUUCAGCCUUUUAAAGGGUAUGAAUAUAAGGAGAUAUUGCAAUCAAACAAGGCCUGUCAAAUUAAUUAUGAUAUUCAAUAAUUAAACAAGGUAUAUUGCUGAAUAUUAUGAUAGUGCCCUUAAGAACUCAAGAGUUUGAUAAAAUUAAUGUUAAAGGCCGAUCCAGCAGACAGAUGCACUGCAGAGGAGUGUUUGAAACAUGAAUACUUUUAAGAAAUCUAUAAUUAAGAUGAUUUAAUGGAUAACAAGGACAAUUUUCAAAAAUAUGAAUUGGAAUUCAAUUCCCCUUUACUAAGAAAGAAGUAUUAUAAAUAGAUUUAUAUUUUUAGUUCCUCAGAUAGUUAAGAAGGUUCGAUGUUAUUGUUGAGUAAAUAAUAAUAAUGGAAUGGUUAGACUGAUACAAUAGGAUCUUUGUCUAAUUGUUCCAAUAUCAGUUCGAAUAAUAAGGCUGACAAGUAGUAGUAGCCUUACCUAUCUAAAUUCAGUUAGUUCUGUUAAUAAAUGAAACAGGAAGGGCUGGUUUAAAAUAAUUAGAGCUCUCAUAAAAAGAGAAAUCGUCAAGAUCUACACAAAUUCGCGUUAUAAAACAGUUAUCAACAAAAGCAAAAAAGUAAAGAUGAUGAUUAUGUGAUUGAUGAUGAAUCAUCAGGCAUUGAUAACUAAUUGUCUUAAUUAAAUGCUUAAACACCAAAAAUGGGAUUUUUAAAGAAGAGUCAGUCUUUAGAUGUAGAUUGA